AUGGAAAAGAUUGCGGACGGAGUGUUUGCGGAUUUGGGUAAUCUAGAAACGCUAGAUUUGUCUGGGAAUUUACUAAAGGUUCUAGCUUCUCCAAGGAUGCUCGGGGGAUUAUCGAAUUUGACUGAGCUAUACCUUCAUAAAAGUAAGAUUGAGAAGAUUGGGGAUGAAGUUUUUGCAAGUUUACCUAAAUUACAAAUAUUAUGGCUUAAUGAAAAUUUGUUGAGUGCAUUAGCUACUCUAAAAAUCUUCAAAGGAUUGAAAAGUUUGAAAACAUUAUACUUAGGCAACAAUAAAAUACAGAGAAUUAGCGAUGGAGUAUUUGCUGGUCUAAAUAGUUUACGGACACUAAAAUUAAAUGGAAAUUUAUUGACUGCUUUAACCUCCCUAAAACUAUUCAAAGGACUAUCAAAUUUGGAAUCACUAGAUUUGUAUCAAAAUAAAAUUGAAACGAUUGGAGAUAGAAUUUUCGCAACUAUGCCAAAGCUAAAAAGCCUGAAAUUAUAUAAGAAUUCACUCAGUUCUUUAACUUAUCCGAGAAUAUUUGAGGGAUUAUCAAACUUGGAAACACUGUACUUAAAUACAAAUAGGAUAGAAAAGAUCGACGACGCAGCAUUUAUGGAUUUGCAGAACUUACGAAUACUCGGACUGAAAGACAAUAAGAUAGAAAGAAUUUCAGAUAGAGUUUUCUCGAAAUUACAUCUUUUAGAGUGGCUUUCGUUGGAAAAGAAUUUAUUAAAUGAUUUAACUUCUCCCAAAAUAUUUGAAGGAUUGUCGAACUUGGAAUAUUUGUAUUUAGAAAGUAAUAGAUUGGUAAAAAUAGAAGAUGGAGUUUUUGCGAGCUUGCCUAGAUUAGCUAAACUGGUGAUGUACGAAAAUUUAUUGAGCUCUUUAUCAGCAGGAAUGUUUCAAGGAUUAUCUAGCUUGACAAAUUUAGACAUAGAAAAAAAUAACAUAGAAAAAAUUGAGGAUGGGGCUUUUGCAGACUUAAAUCAAUUAGAAACGCUGAGCUUAAGUGAAAAUUUAUUGAAUACUUUAACUUCUAAAAGAACUUUCGAAGGAUUAAUAAAUUUGGAAAAUCUACACCUAAGAAAUAAUAGAAUAUCUUUAAUUGUAAAUGGGGUUUUCGAACCACUUAGCAAAUUAUCAAACUUACAAUUAUCCAAAAACGAAAUUCAUAACCUGCGAAAUAUUAGCUUUAUGGGUCUUAAUCGGUUAACCACUUUACGCUUAUACGCAAAUUUAAUUGAAAGCGUUAGCCAAGGGGUAUGGGAUGGUCUACAAUACUUGCACGAUAUAGAUUUAGCUAAUAAUAUUAUCAAAAAUAUCAGCGAAACGUACAUUUCCAAAGUUAAAACAACAAAAUCCAUGUACCUUUUCGAUAAUGAGAUUUCACUCAUAAAACCAGGAUCAUUUGCUAACCUAAACAAUCUAAGAUUUAUAUUAAUUCCCGAUAAUUAUAUUGGCCAUAUUAGCUCAGCAGCUUUUGUCGGAUCUCCGUUACUAAGCAGAAUAGAUCUUAGUAGCUGCAAAAUUACAGUGUUGUUCUCUGGUGCUUUUUCUAACUGUGAUAUUAUGAAAAUAAUAAAUUUGUCUUCUACCUUCAUACGCGUCUUGCCACCCUAUAUAUUUGGUUCCCAAAAGCAAAUGACUUUGGAAAGACUAAAAUUAAAUUCAAAUAACAUCCGAUAUUUGAAUUUCAACACCUUUGAAUCUCUUAUUAGCUUGGACGAAUUAAAUCUUAAUCAAAACAAGAUUAAAUAUUUGGAAAACUAUGGGUUCAAUCAUCUUGUGUCUCUGAAAAAGCUGUACUUAACUUCUAAUGAAAUCGAUGGAAUUGAUGAAGAAGCAUUUACUGGCUUGGAUGCACUAACUAAUUUGUAUGAACGCCAUAAACAAACCCAAAGUGAAUUAUAUUUAUUUGGAUUCACACGAGAGGAAAUUGAUUUUACUUGA